AUGGCUGAGAACGGUGAAGAAAAGCUACUCGCGGUGGCGCGUCACAUAGCCAAGACUCUUGGCCACAACGAAACCAUGGCUGAUGAUAUCUUACAGAUCUUCUCAACCUUCGACGGUAGAUUCUCCCGCGAGAAUCUCUCCGAAGGUCAUCAAGACGGAUCCGCUCUCGAACGAACUCUAAACUCACUAGAAACUCAGAUCUCCCGCUUCGUCUCCGCCGAUCAUCCAAUCUGGUCUGAUCCCGCCGACUCAUCCGCCUUCCUCGAAACCAUCGACGAGCUAGUCACCAUCACCAGAGAAUGGAGCCACGUGGCGAACGAUAAGUCCGUAGGCACUUGUCUCACACGUGCCGACGAACUGAUCCAGCAAAGUAUGUUCCGCAUAGAGGAAGAGUUCAGAACUCUCAUGGAGUCGUUUGUUGUGAACAACCAUCGUAUAGACUCGGAUGAAGACGAGGUUGAAGAAGAAGAAGAGGCUGUGCAGAUCCCUGUGGCGCAGCCGCUAACGGACUACGACGUCAUCAUCGACGCGCUCCCUUCAGCGACGAUCAACGACCUGCACGAGAUGGCGAAGCGUAUGCUCGCCGCGGGGUAUGGUAAGUCGUGCUCUAGUGUAUACAGUGCGUGUAGGAGAGAGUUUGUUGAAGAGAGCAUGUCUAGGUUAGGGUUACAUAAGAAGCUUAGUAUCGAAGAAGUUCAUAAGAUGACGUGGCAUGAGCUUGAGGAUGAGAUUGAUCGUUGGAUCAAAGCGGUUAACGUCGCCUUACGUAUUCUUUUCCCUAGUGAGCGUCGUCUCUGCGACCGUGUUUUCUUCGGAUUCGCCUCCGCUGCUGAUCUUUCGUUCAUGGAGGUGGUGCGUGGCUCUACCGUUCAGCUUUUGAACUUCGCGGACGCGAUUGCUAUAGGUAGCAGGUCGCCUGAGAGGCUGUUUAAGGUGCUUGACGUGUUUGAGACGAUGAGGGAUUUGAUGGGGGAGUUUGAGUCUGUGUUCUCGGAUCAGUUUUGUUUGGUUCUUAGAAACGAAGCUGUGACGAUUUGGAAACGUUUGGGAGAGGCGGUGAGAGGUAUAUUCAUGGAGCUUGAGAAUUUGAUCCGGAGGGAUCCGGCGAAAGCUGCGGUUCCGGGUGGUGGUUUGCAUCCUAUCACUCGUUAUGUUAUGAACUACCUACGAGCUGCGUGUAGGUCGAGGCAGACGUUGGAGCAAGUGUUUGAGGAGAGUAACGGUGUGCCGUCGAAAGACGGCACUCUGUUGGCUGUACAGAUGUCUUGGAUCAUGGAGCUUUUAGAGAGUAAUUUGGAAGUUAAAUCUAAAGUGUAUAAAGAUCCAGCUUUGUGUUAUGUGUUUCUGAUGAACAACGGGAGAUACAUUGUUCAGAAGGUGAAGGAUGGGGAUCUAGGGUUGCUCUUGGGAGAGGAUUGGAUCCGGAAACAUAAUGCUAAAGUGAGACAGUAUCAUUCUAGUUAUCAGAGAAGUGCUUGGAAUAAGAUGCUGGGGCUGCUUAAGGUGGAUAACACUGCGGCGGGGAUGAACGGGUUAGGGAAAACCAUGAAGGAGAAGCUGAAGCAGUUCAAUGUUCAGUUUGAUGAGACGUGUAAAGUGCAUUCGACUUGGGUUGUGUUUGACGAGCAGCUUAGAGAGGAGCUGAGAAUCUCACUGGCUAGGCUGCUGUUACCGGCGUAUGGGAACUUCAUUGGGAGGUUUCAGAACCUUGGAGACUUAGGGAAAGGGAAAAAUGCAGACAAGUACAUCAAGUUUGGAGUUGAGGAUAUUGAGACGCGUAUCAACGAGCUGUUUAAAGGGUCAACGACUGCAAGAAAAUGA